CAGUCAGUGUAAUCUUUCUAAGGGUGCACAGUGGAAGUAGAGCUAAAUUAUUAGAAAAGCACAUGUUCUGAAAUCAUCCUUCAAACAGGCGUCAGUUCGGAGUGCCUGUAAACAUCAGGUCUGCAUGUGCCAAGAAGCUGAGUGCUGCUGAUCACGUGACUCCGGUGAACUCUGGGGGCCCUGGAGAUGCUGCCGGCACAGGCACAGCCCAGCCCGGCAACAUGGCUGCACUUGAGGAAUGAGACUGGGGCCUUGCAGAUACGAGUGUUCCCGUGAAGGCGCCCGGAGGAGAGAUUAGGCCGCUCAUCCUCUGCGCCGCUCCGGCUCCUCCUCGUGCUCCCUCGCGUCUCCUGGGGCAGAAAACAGUCAUAGAAAAAUGUAAAUCCUAUUGUUUGCCUUGGCUUUGUUGAUGCGAAAAGCUGGAAGCGCUGCGGCGUUGUGCGGCGGGAGGUGUUUCAGUAAAAAGACAAGUUUUUAUUUUGCAUGACAACAACCCUGGGAAGCAACAGUAGACGACACACAGCAAACACAAACUCCGACAGCUCCUUCAGUUUUUGUCGGUGUGUGACAGGAUCUUCUGGCAGGCUGGUGCUGCUCCUCUCCUGCUGAAACAGGACACGUGGGUCUCUGUCUGCGUCGGUUCCGUGCUGAGCGUGGCCUGUGAUAGUGAAUGGUGGCGUCCUCUUCGGGGUGGAGGGCUGUCAGUCUGCGUCCGGCCUCCUCUGGGCUCCAGUCAACACAGAGCUGCUUGUCCGACAUGACGUGCCAGUGGGGAAGAUCACAGCCGCGGCAGUUGACUGGGAAUGUGCGUUUGGUUCGAACACAAAGAAUGCUGUCACUCUGCGUCAGAGCGGCGUGAUGGACAUGCUCGACAUGUGUGUGUGUGUGUGUGUGUGUGUGUGUGUGUGAGAAAGAGAGAGAGAGAGAAAGUGAGAGAGAGCACACCUAUGCCAAACACACCUCUGCAGAUGUGUACUGGUACGCAGUGUGCAACAAAAAGACGCCAGUAAGUCUGGGCCGCAUUCAGGAGGGUGACUGUUUUUAACAUCAUCCCUUUGCUGGUAUUAAUCGUGCCACGAUGAGGACCCAUCCCUGCUCUGUGACUGCAGGGCUCGCCUUUGUUCUCCACCGCUAUUCCAGACGUAAUUACAAGCCUAGAAGAGUCUCCUCACCCUGCUUUCUCCUGCCCUCGGUGCCUCGUGCGGCUCCUCUGCCUCCACCUUUAACCCUGACUCAUGUCCAGGACCCACACCUCUGCUCCGAGUCGCUCACCGGCCUCCAGCGCUCCCAAAACUGGCUUCUGUUGCAUUCAGGAAGUCAAACUGUGCUGCCAGGGUCACCACAUUUCAGAUAGUGUCCAAAUGCAUCAGAGGAAGGGUUUUUCUCAGUUUGGGAGAAUGAAGUGCCCUCACAGAGUUUUACCCACAAUGCCCCUCUGCAGCUCUUACACCUCAGACACUCUCUCUCACCUGACUUAUGAAUGUUUUCAACCUGGGAAGUUUUUGAUAGCCUGAAAGGUUUGAUUCUAGUUAUUUAUAACUGUGACACACUUAGGGUUAAUCCUUUGUUUUAAUCAGUUUUAUUACAUCCUCAAAAUGUUAAAUAAUUUGAGAGAAAGAAGACAUCUUCUCUUUGUGUUUUUAUCAAAUACAAAGUCAAAGUCAUCAGAUCAAUUACUUAAUUCAGAAUAAACCAAUCCAAAAUAAAAAAAACACCAUGUAACCACACUUGUUCCAUUUAAAAUUUGGAAAAGAGAAAAAAAAAAGUCGGGAAAAGGCAGCACCCUGAUCCCCAGACUCCUCCCGCUGCUCUGCCUCCACCCUCCACCCCCCACUUCACUCAAACCACUGCUUACAAACUGAAAAUGUUGCAGUGAAUUAAUAGGCCAAGCCGCAGUGCUGCAGACUGAAGUGAUAUAAUUCCCACAGCUGUGGAGAAUAACGUGUGAAUCACAAACAUGCUCCCACUCUAUAUAUAUAGAUCUAUAUUUUUGUUGUCCCUGGAUCUUUGCUGUGAUAAUAAUCUGUGGCUUUGCUGGAGCUGGCUGGCUGAGGCCUGUGGGAGAGUCGGGAAGCGGUCCAGCCCCCAGCAGGCCUUUAAUGCCGCCGGAUUCCCAGUAGCUGCAGACGGGGAAGGACAUGACCAAAAUGACGGGGUUGGACAGCAGCUCAGCGCCGCGCUCAAGCCACCAAACACUGUUCAGAAUGUGACUGCAGUACAGUGCAGGAUCUCACUGCAGAGGGGAGUCAAACACGCCGUCCCAGAGCCGGGGCUGCUCCAGACUGAACCUGCAGGCUGGGGCAGGGAGCAGGGAUUCUGUUUCAGCCUGUGGCCUCCUGCGUCUCCUCGCUCCCACAUUAUUCUCACAUGCACCUUGUGCAUUUUGCUGACUCUGCAGAAUUCUGCCCAGAAAGAACCACCAGAAAGGUUCUUAUUUACCAACGUGACCUUCUGGUUAGGAAUGAUGACUGAAGUGUGUGGUUUCAUAUUUUAGCCCUACAUAAAACCAAAAUCUGUCCCUUCAGUGAGACUUUAUGAUCUUUGGGGUCAUUCAUUUUCCUUUCACGUGAAUAAAUUUAAUAUUUACUUUCAUAGUAACCCUAUAGAAAAUAGGCCGUGAAUGGUAUUUUACACGUGCUCUAAUUAUAGAAACAUAAUCAGACACACCUCAUUAAUUCCUCUAUUGUUCAAAAAAUUAUAUGUGGGAUAUUUAUUUUAGCAUUAUUGUAUUAGUGUUAAACCUUGCAGCACUCCUUAACUAUUGUUAAAAAAAAUUAAGACCUUCUAAAUGAUGCUAUAAGCUCUUCCUCAUGUGUCAGUUAAAUGUUUUUUUUUUAUAAUACAAGCAGUGUGGAGUUCUUGUUGCAAAAUAAAAGAAAAUACAUUUUCAGUAUCACAAAUGGCUUCUCAGAUACUGGAGAUGUCAUUAUCUGACAACAUGUUUGAAAUCAGGAACUAAUCAGCAAUUCUAUAAAAAAAAAAUUAAACAUUUAAUCAAUUGGAAUUAUCUAACAAAUUAAAUGUAAUGUUUCCCAUUUUCAGUACUUUUCAGACCCAUUAAUAGAAUAGAAUAGAAUUUAUUAAUUCCAGAGGUAAAUUCUUUAAAUCUAACCUUGUUUAACUAACAAUUAUAUAUUUUAUUUCUAUUGCAUGUACAAUCGAAUUUAUUGUGUAGCGUUAUCAUUAUUUUACUAUUAUAAUUAUUGAUUUCUUUGUUGAAAGCGCGUAAAGUAUUUAUGGGUUAUCUACUGUAUAAUUAACGUUAACAUUUGCACAUGUCCUGCAUUUUUUAACAGUUUCAUUAGAGUACUAGUAAAUAUCAGGCAUUUUAAUUUUAUUUUUUUCUUUAUUAUUAUGUAUCAGGGUAUUUCUGAUUUUUUGUUGUUGUUGUUGUUGUUGUUGCAUGUGCUGUUAUUGAUCCCCUGCUGUGCGUGUGUGUGUGUGUGUGUGAGGAGGAGGAGGAGGCGACCUGCGGCCGCAGAUCCGCGUCCUGGAUCACAUGCUAAUGAAGUGAACAUGCACGCUGCAGCGCGUCGCCGAGGGGAGAUGUUCUUCGUGGAUUUAAGAGUGGAUUUGUUGCAGGUUCUGGACUCAUGAAAGCCUCUUCAGAGCGACGGGUUUAUGGACUCUCCUAAUGAUGUCUGUGGGUUUCAUGCCUGACAGUCUGAAUGCUUCAGAUCCAUCCAAAUCGGCCUUUCUGGAGUUCGGCCACGCGCACGCGGCGCACCAGCAGCACUCCCCCGGACUCUCCCACAUUUACCCCGUGCACGGCUUGCACGCUGGCGGGCAUCCCCAGCACGACGGUCCCUUUCCCGGCAACGCGUCGUACGGCCGCCCUCUGGGCUACGCGUACCCGGGCGCAGUGAGCGCGCACCCGCCGUCUGCGUACAUGUCCUACCAGCACAGCAAUCACAGCAGCAGCAGCAGCAGCGGCGGCGGCGGGGCGCACGGCCGGCUGGAGCACGCAGAUCGCGACCAGUCCACGGUGAUUGAAAACCGGGAUAUUCGCUUGAAUGGCAAAGGGAAGAAGAUCCGGAAGCCUCGGACCAUCUACUCCAGCCUGCAGCUGCAGGCGCUGCACCAGCGCUUCCAGCAGACCCAGUACCUGGCCCUGCCGGAGCGCGCGGACCUGGCCGCCAAGCUCGGCCUCACGCAGACGCAGGUGAAAAUAUGGUUUCAAAACAAACGCUCCAAAUAUAAAAAGAUCAUGAAGCAUGGCAGCGGGCCGGAGGGAGACCACGUCCACAGCACGAGCUCCAUCUCCCCCUGCUCCCCGGCCUUGCCCCAGCUCUGGGAGGUGUCCAUGGCGAACAAAGGGGCGCCGGUGCACGCGUCCAACUACAUGAACAGUUUCGGCCAUUGGUACCCGAACCACCACCCGCACCAGGACGCGCUGCCCAGGCCGCAGAUGAUGUGAGCGCGCGCCGCUCGGCCUGUGCGCAGCGCACUGCCAGAACUGAACUCUGAUCAAGUCCGAGAUAAACAGACCUCGUUCGAGUCCACACGUGCUCUGUGUGCAUUUUUCAACACACUGCAACCUCAGAAUCAUUUUAUUGAGAUGCGCGACGCUGUUGCACUAAGACGCAGAUCUCUGUGUGCAGUUCACCAAAAAACUCUUCUAGGGAGGAUUUCUCUUCAUCGGAGAAAAGUUUUUAGUGCAUGGUUCAACUGCUCUGAGCGUGAUUGAGAUUAGUCGAUUAAUUCACAUCAUAGUUUUACGGAAAACACGCGGUCGUUUGAUUUGUUUUUUAAAAAAAAGGUCUCUUCUACUGGCUUUUUGUGAAUAAGCUCUUUAUUUCUAGAUUAAAUAAAAUUUCUAUAUUGA